GGUGUAAAGAGUGGCUUGAACAACAGAAGUUAGAUUAUGAAGCUGAACUUAACAGCAGUAAGUCAUGCACCGAACAAAUUCCUAGCUUGCUUGUCUGGCAUUAGACAUGAGAGUAUCAUACCACAGGAACAUACAUUGGUGCUCAUUGUAGCCUACUAUCCUAGGAUCUGGUGAACGCCUUAUUCCAGAAGGCAUUUUAAGCCUCAAGGGAUACAUGAGUGGUAUAUAACCCUUUAAGUGGCAUUGCAUCCUACUUUGUUAUUUUAUUCUGUCUAAUGCCAGAUUAUUUUAUGUGUCCUCGCCCGGGCAUAGCCACAGGAGUAAUGGGGGUGUCCGAACUCCCCCCCCCCCCCACUUGCUCAUCAAGGGAAGGUGUUGGCAUUCAUGAGUUAAAUAACUUGUUUCAACUAAUCAAUAAAAUAUUUUAAUGAAAAUUUAAAGUGAGAAAAGUGGAACAGGAUGAGCUUGAAGGCCACAGAGAACCAAAUAUGGAAGAAUUAUGUGAAAGGUUUUUUUAUUUAAUUGGGUUUACAAGUUUAUUUCAGUCUAUGGCGUAGAUUUUUUACAUCUUAAGCAUGGCAUACACAAAGACGACACAUUUUAUAUUUUGCAGUAUAUUACAACUUCAAGAACAGUUGCUAGAAGUUUCAUCAAACCACUCAACCAAACAAUACAUUCUGGAAAGGUACUGUAAUUUGGUUUACUAACAUCGUAUAUGUACAGUAAUUCAAUGGUAACUUCUGACCUGUACAAGUACUGUAUUCAUUAUUCUGGUAUCCCUCCCUGAAAUCCAGUAUCCCUGACAUGCAUAUGCAUAGUGACAUGAAAUCGUGCAAAUUGUCAAUCCUACUAUCAGCUUGACAACCUUAAUUAUUACAUCUUGUUUGCAGAUUAACCAACUCGGUCUCACUCUGAUACAUUGUGUUACAGGUUGCUUUCAAGUUAUGUGAAAAUGAAAAUGUUGUUUUCUACGACAGACCCAGAAACUGGAGCAAGUGUACCGAACGAAGAGUAUGUGUCAUACAAUACGGGCUUCAGAUACUAAGACAUAAGUAUCCGCUUGCAUCCUCUCAAGCUCACUUCUUACAGUAUACUGUAUUUUGCCUUAAUCUGAAUUUAUUCUGCCCCUUUAUUGCAAUAUUGAUUGAUAGCCAUGAUCUAUUAGAGGACAUGCACUGCCAAAUUUGCUGAGUACUCUACCUGAUUUCUGCAAUUGAAAUUUAUCUCCAAUUAAUUAGGGAUUUUGCUUAUCAAGUUGAUGAACAGCAGAGAUUGUGCAAAGAUAUUCAAAAGUAUCAGCAGGUAUACAUACACCAUAUGCAUCCAAAUUUUGACCUGUUCUUUUCAUUUCUGGUAUUUAUAUAGAUUAUAUAAUCAUAUAGAGUGCUAACGUCAGAUUUUAAAUUGACUCAAAACGCGUGAUACACGAGUCGAUCUGUGGUGAGAAACAAACUGAACAUGUUAAAUAGAUUUUUUUCAUAUUUCAGGCACUGGAAGAAGAACAGGUCACUUUGAGAGACCUAGAGGGACAACGUACUGGUAAGAUCAGCCCUCGAACUCAUUAUUCAUUAAGGAAAUUUGCCAACCAUGCGGCUUACUACAGUAUCUCAUGUGAUUCCAUAAUAUACAUUUCAAGUCAAGUGAAACUACUUCCCAACGCAACAAAAAGAAUAUUACACCUGUGACCUGUUACAUAUAUUUGCACUUUUGACCAUUUAUUAAAUUUUAAUUUUCACAGAAGCGACAAGGAUAAAUGAGAAAUUGAGCACAAAAUUGCAGGUAACGUGUUAA